UAGAAGCAAAAGCUAAGACACGGGCUUUUUGAGGCAACAUACCUUUAAUAGCCCUAAGCAACUGCUCCUUUUCUUGUUCUCUUUGAAAUCCAGCCACCAACGGCGGCACAGGUCACCGUUCUUCCCUCCCUUUCUCUUCCCUUUUUUCCUGUGUGUAAACAAGGAUGAGGCGGCUAAAGUUUCAUGAGAAGAAGCUGUUGAAGAAAGUAAAUUUUUUGGAAUGGAAAAGAGAAGGUGGCCACCGAGAGAAUCUCGUUAUGCACCGUUAUCAUGUCACUGGUCGUGACGAUUACAAGAAAUAUUCGAGUUUGUGCCGGAUGGUGCAGAAGUUGGUCAACAUAUUGAAGCAGAUGGACCCCAGAGACCCUUUUCGUAUCGAGAUGACUGAUUUGCUCUUAGAGAAGCUAUACAAUAUGGGCGUAAUCCCAACCAGGAAAAGCUUGGCUCUGUGUGAUCGGUUAUCAGUAUCGUCCUUUUGUAGACGUAGGCUUUCAACUGUCUUGGUGCACCUAAAGUUUGCAGAGCACUUAAAAGAAGCAGUCACAUAUAUUGAGCAGGGCCAUAUUCGAGUGGGUCCAGAGACCAUGACGAACCCAGCAUUCCUUGUAACAAGGAACAUGGAAGACUUCAUUACGUGGGUAGACACAUCUAAGAUACGGAGGAAGGUGCUGGAAUAUAAUGAGAAGUUAGAUGAUUAUGAUGCAAUGAACUGAAAAAAUACACCUGAGUUUAACUUAUAUAACUUAUUUCAUUGGCAUUCUUCGCAAAGAUGUACACUGAUAAAAGGUGUGAGUGAUGGAAUACUUGAUGAAGUUGGAUUCCAUGGUGCCGUGAAGUGAGAGACUUUUGAGAUCCUAAUAUGAUAUAGGUUUCUACUUUUCAUUUUGUUUUCUAUAUUCUCAGUUGUGACUCAGAAGGUGAUUGAGGGUUUUGUUGUGUUAUAUGUUGAUUCUGUAGUUGGGGGAAGGAGUUCUUCAAUGCAUUUAAAAAUUUUCUCGGAA